AUGGACUUUGUUCUUACAUUCACAAUUUCAAACAUCGGAAUCGUAACUAACAUCUUAGUCAUUGUUGUGUUUGCCAAGCAGGGAUUCAAGGAAAGCGUCAACAUCUCCAUGACGACCAUUGCAAUUUGGGACUUGUUGAAGUGUCUGGCAGGGGCCAUGCAAAGAAUGGCGGGACCGAUGAGCACAUGGUCAGCAGCCGAUGCUGAAAGUUGGACCAACAUUGGAGUUGUUGUCUUCAACUAUCUCAUCUGCUAUUCCAGCUAUAUAACAAGUGUCCUGGCUGCUUAUGUUGCCGUGGAGAGAUGUCUGUGCGUGUGUAUCCCAUUUAAAGUGAAAUGGUUACUGACACCAAAAGUCGUUUUUACAGUCAGUACGGUGAUAUCGUUUACCGUACUAGGUCUGUUUGUGGUUAUGUGGGGAAUUUACGACAUCGUGUGGGUGUAUAACCGGAAAUAUAACUGCACUGUUGCCGUUUAUGUAAACAACAAAUUCUAUUUUGACAACGAAUACCCAUUGUUUCAAUACUACAAUUUGUCUGGUAUCCUUUGGCCGCUAAUUAGUUUUGUCGUUAUUGUCGUCUGCACAUUGAUAAUCAUGUACAAAUUAAAACAGAGCUUUAAAUUUCGUUCCCUUCAAGCAGACGUGAAGCUAAAAGCGGGAAACCAGCUAAGCACUCGAGACAAACAAGUUGUCAAGAUGUUGUUAGUGAUCGUCGGCGUCUACGUGGUUAGUUUAUCACCAAGAAUCUCUCAUUAUUUGGCUAAAUACAUCGUUCAUGAGUUCUACUUUCUCAGACUGUACCAUAACUUUUUCGUUUUCAUCUGUUACUUCCUGUGGCUUUUUGAUCUCAUAAACGGGGCUUGCAACUUUUUCGUGUUUUUUGCAAUGAGCUCAUCUUUUAGAAAAACAUUUUAUGGACUUUUCAGAAAACACAUCCCAAAAUUGUCAAAUAGCAAUACACAAACAAGUGAAGUUGAUGCAUUUUAG